AGUGUAUAUCAACUGAUACAUCAAAGGCCUUUGACUUGAAUGUAAAUGGAGCCCCUGGCACUUGGUCAGCUUGGGGAGCGUGUUCUACAACCUGCGGAGAAGGACAGCAGAUUCGCACAAGAGCAUGUGACAACCCAGCCCCAGCUCAUGGAGGAAGCCAAUGCAAUUCCAGUGAUCUGACGGACACACGGUCUUGUAAUGAUGCAGAAUGCCCCGUUAACGGAGGUCCUGGUACGUGGUCAGCUUGGGGAGCGUGUUCUACAACCUGCGGAGAUGGAGAGCAAACUCGCACAAGAGCAUGUGACAACCCAGCCCCAGCUUAUGGAGGAAGCCAAUGCAAUUCAAGUGAUCUGACGGGCACACGGCCCUGUAAU